AUGACUAAAAUUUGUUUUUUAUCUAAUAAAUAUAAACUUCCAAUUAAACAAGCAUUGGAUGCAAAUUUCAUUGUACUUUAUCAACCUGCUCCAAAUUCAUUUAUUAUUAUACAAAAAAAUGAACCAAUUACAUAUCGUGAUAAAAAUGACAAUAAUUAUCAAGAAAAUGAACAUCAUGAUCAUUUGACUGCGUCUAGUAUCAAUACAAAUGAUUGUCAAGCAAAAUAUUCACAUUGUCAACGACGACAAAGAUUUCGUGUAGUUAUUGGUCCACAAUUAUGUAAUUGUCAACAUGAAAUUAUGCAUGAAACAGAAAUCACUAUGAAAUCAACGGAACCAUGUAUUCAUCUUUUAUUUGUUAUGUUACAUGUAUUGAAAAUACCAAGUGAUGAUUUACAUUUAACAGCAAUGCCUUUACCAAGUUCAAAAGCUGAAUUUUGGAUUGAAAAGUAUCGAAAUCAUCGUCAAUCAAUAGUCCAGUCCUAUGGUAAACAUAGAAGGGACUCAAACACAUUGAAAACUGAAGAAAACCGAUCGGAUAUAUUUAGGUUUUCAGAAAAACUAGUCAAUGUUGAAAUACCAAACACUCGUCUAAUCAUUCCUCAGCCUAUUCGUCAUGAUAGGACAAGUAACUUUCCACAAUUACGUGCUAUUAUGAAUCCGAGCACCUAUCAUUCCAAUGUAUUGUCAUCAAUAACACAAGAUAUUAUCCCUGUAUCUAGAAGAGAGACUGAAAGUGCAGGAACAUGUGAUCAAAGUACUUCGUAUAUUACAGAAACCUCAAGGACUAGUUCCAUUGAUAGUAUAGAAAGUUGUAAAUUAGAUUCAUCCUGUCGAGUAAAUGAUCAACAUCAUCCCCACCAUCAUACUUCAUCGUCGUGUUCCUCUAAUGUGGAGACAGCUUUGUCUCAUCGACGACCUCAAACUGCUCCUCAACCUGAACUGCCACCUCGGCUAGAUCGAACAAGAGCCAAAUUUGUCAGGCAUUCUGCUUCAUCAACAACGUUUCGUCCAGUCAGAGAUUGUAGUCCUUUAAUUCUUGGUGAAGGAUGUUUAACACCAAUUGAAUCGGAAGAGAAUAGUACCAAUAAUAGCCUGAAAUAUCGGACCUCAAUGGCACCAGUAAAUAAAAAUACUACCGCUAUCACUACCACAGUUUAUACAGAUAAUUAUGAUAAAUUACAAGAACCAUUAGUCACUGCAGCAGCAGUACCUGCAAUUACAAAUAAACUUAGUCACUCAACAACUACCACAGAUUUAUUUCAUGGUCUUACAUCCAAAUCGAAUUUCACACAUGCAAGACGUUCUUCAUUUAAACCGAAUACUUCAAUGAAACAAAAAUCUUUGUUGAAUAAUACUUCAAUUAAUUUACAAUUAAUAACUAACAAUCAAACAUCCACAGUUGUAAAUCAUAUGAACACUUUAAAUAGCAUAUCAAUUGGUAAACAAUAUAUCUGUCCUUCUACACAACAACAAACAACAGCACAUUCAACUGGGACUGUAAUUACAUCUACAAAUAUUGCUACUGUACAUGAUGAAUCCUCUAAAAUUUGUAUUUUAUGUUUACGUAAUUGCCCUAUUGUCGAACCUAUUACUACUACUCAUAACAAUAGUAAUCCGAAUGGAUGCCAUCUCAUUGCUAAUAUUAACGGAGGUAAUGGCAAUAAUAUCAGUUUAAUUGAUCCAACUUUAUUUUGUCAGUCUGUACUUUCAGAUCAUGAUGAUGAUGAUGAUGAUAAUGAUAGUAAUAAUAAAAAUAAUAAUGAAAAAAGAAGUAAAAUUAUCUGUGGAGCAAUAUUUCAUGCAAGCUGUUGUAAAAUCUGGUUAGAAGAAAUUCAAAAUGAUGGUGAUUCACCACAAUGUCCUGUAUGUGGCCGUAUGUGGAUUCAUAUUCCUAAUUUUGAUAGUCAUACUGUUGUUGUUACCUGUGACAAAUCUAAUGAUUUUGAUAAGAAUUCCGAUCAUACAAAAUGUGCAUGUUCGAUUACUUUAUCAGAACAAAAUAAUAAUAAUAAUCCUAUCAGUGAUCAUCAACACAAUGAUAAUGAUGAAAUAGAAGAUGAUCAUCGUCAUCACCGUUCAUCCGAUCACGGAAAUCAUAUGCACAUGGAUGAACAACAACCAAUUCAUGAAAUAAUGCAUCAUCAUGAUUCAAAUCAAUUAGCAAAUUCAAACAUUGAUUGCAAUUCAACAAACAAUAUGACCAUUAUAAAUACUUUAUUAUCAAAUCCACCUUUUUCUGAGUAUAAAAGUUGUAUUAAUGCUUUCUCAUUGGAAAUUGCAAAUGCAUUCAUCUCAUGUGAUUGGACAAUUCGACAAUAUGCAUUAAAACAAGCAACUCAUUUAACAAUACGUCAAGUUAUUUUAACUAGACAAUAUCAUUUACAUUCAGUAGAUCAUAAUAAUAAUAAUCUUGUCUGUUCAAUUAAUUCACAUGCUGACAAUUGUGAUACAACAUCAACAACAAUAAAUAGUCAAUUAUAUACAGGAUCAUCAGAUUGUGUAAAAUUAAUGUUUAAAUUAAUUCGAUUUCUACUUGAUGAUCCAGUCGAUGCAAUAUUCACUGAUGCAUUGCGAGCUUUUCGUGAAUUACUUGGAUAUUUAGUUUGUUAUAAUAAAGAAACUCAAACAAUUUUACAAAAAGCAAUCGACCCAAUCCUACGUCGUCUAUUACGUUUUGUUGGUGGAUCAAGUAAUUAUUGGAAUUUACGAAAUCCAGACACAUUUUUACCUGUAACAAUAACACCCAUUCAACAAAAUGAUGAAGAUAAAACAAUUACAAAUCGUAAUUUGACAAGUAACAUAAUGAAAAAUUCUGUUAAAAUUCAAGAGGAAAAUAAUAAUCUUACAAAAGCAUUCAGUGAAUUAAGCACCGCGGAAUCGAAAUCAUCUUUACUAUUACCGAAAAUACCAGUUGAUGUUAAUUUUCGUGAUCGAUCAAAUCUUGCAUUGACUACACUGAUAGAAUUAGCUAAAGGACAAACAGGUGCUUUAGCUAUCGGGCGAGAAGUUCACUCUGCAUCUCAAUGUUUACCGGUCAGUGGAAUACAACAUAUGGUACGUUUUGUGUUAAUUUCUGCUAAAUUUCAUGCUACUCAUUUAAUUGGUCGUCUAACAGUUGUUGACAAAUUAAUUCGAAUGCAUCAAACACGAAGAAUGCUAUUCAUGCAACAUCAAUUGAAACAUGAAAAAUUGUUUCCCAUCCCCUUCUCCUCCACAUCAGCUGAUUUAAGUGGCAUGAAUCAUAAUCACAAUCAUAAUAAUCCUGACAUACCAUCAUCAUCAUCAUCAUCUUCAUCAUCAGUAGUUGUUAAAGAUGAAACAAAUGCACUCCCACCGGCAUCAUCAUCAUCAUUGACAACAACAUUAUCGUUGACAGAUCAAUCAUUAGCAAGACGACAUUUAUGCUCUGCUAUUAUAUUUGCUAGACGUCAUUUAUUACCGAUUUACCCGAAACCAGAUAAUAUGACCAUGUGUUUUCCACAUCAUUAUCAAUUACAAUCAACUGAUACACAUUGUAAUAAUUUUAUGUCACGAUUCUCACCACCAGCACAAGCAACACCAGCCGCAGCAACAGUAGCAAUAACAGGUCAACCACACCAGCAUCCUCAUCAUCAGAAUAGAUUCAAUGCUAUGAAUUAUUAUCAUGAUAUACAUUAUAAAGCUAAUCGAAUUGCUAGACGAGUUUUCCUUACUGCUGCUAGAGCUCUGCUUACUGGACAAGGUGAAGAAAUGUUUGAUCGUUAUGAUCCACUUCCACCGUCUACUUUCAGUGCUAAUUCAUUUAUUGAAUCAGAGAUUAAUCGACUCGAUGCACCAUUGGCUACAUGGUUUCGAAAUCGAUUAUGUUUAUUUCUUAAUUCAUCAAAUGAAAUUAAGAACAAUAAUAAUAAUAAUAAUAAUAAUAGUAAUAAUAAUUGGAAAAUAUCUUUAUCAAAUCAAAUGCCAAUAGAUAUAAAACAAUCACAUGUUACUUCAUGCAGAACUGAUGCUUUAACUUUAUCGUCAUCAACAGUCACACCAUACUCAACUUAUAACAAUAACAACAAUAAUAAUAACACUAAUAUUAGUAAAGUAGAAAAAUCUAAUCGAUUGGAAGAAGUGAAUCCUUCUACGACAAAUAUUUCAUGUCAACGUCAUCAUGAACAACAAACUGUUUAUAAUUCAUUACAACAAGGUGAACAGUUGUUACCUGCGAAAAAAUCCUCGUUCUCUUCUGUUGUUUCCAUUAAAAUGCCACCAAUUCCACCACCUAGAAGAUUAACAAUCCCUAAUUCUGAAUUAUUAAUUGAUGUUAACAGAAAAGAAUCAAUGAAGCUUGAGAAAAAUCACAGUAUGAAUGAUACUGUUACAACUGUCAAUAACAACAAUGUUGAUGUUAAUGAUAAUAAUGAUCAUGAUGAUGACGAUGAUGAAAGUGAAAAUACCAAAAAGAUAAAAGCUCAAAUUUUAAAAUCUUCAUUUGUUCGAAUUGCAUUAGAACCAGCCUAUGAUCUAGUUGCUUUAUCUGAAUCAGGCAAUUAUAGCAGUGUAAGUGAAUUUGAAGAAGAUGAUGACGACGAUGAGGACGAUGAUGAUGAUAAUGAAAAUGAAGCACUAGAUCAACAACAAAAACAACAAAGAACUAAUUUAAAUGAACCAAUUUAUACAGGUCGUUCACUUGGUUCCGAAGCUGAUCUACAAUGUGAACAAGUGACUGCUUUAAGAAAUGCAUUAACACGUUCUACGCAUCAAUUAAAACCUUUAUUACCAAUACCUGGUCUAUCAUUUGUAAUGAAUUCAUUUCAACAAACUAAAAAAUUACCAAAUUCCGAUGAAUAUUAUGAAUCAAUUGAUUGGAUACGUGGUCCUGUUCUAGGUCAUGGUGCAUUUUCACAAUGUUAUCAAGCACGUGAUGUUAGAACUGGUUUAUUGUUGGCUGUAAAACGUAUACGUCUUGGACGAAAUGGUAUAUUUUCAUUUUUCUCUGCAGAUAAACAUAAAUCAUACGCAUCACAAGUAAAUCAACAAAAUGAACAUAAAAGCGGUUUGAAUUGUAAUGAUCAUGAUGCACAAAAAAAUCCAAUUUAUCAUCGUCCAUUAUCACCGACAUCAUUGAAUCAAUUAGCUGAAGUUGAAACGGAAGUACGUAUUAUGCUUCAAUUAGAUCAUCCUAAUAUUCUACGUUUAUUUGGUGCUGUACAUUGUGUAAAACGUGGAUUUGUUGACUUGUUUAUUGAAUGGAUGCCAGGUGGUAGUAUUACAAGUUUACUACAACAAUAUGGAGCUUUCAAUGAAUCGAUUACGUUAAAUUAUGGUAUACAAUUAAUACGUGGUUUAGCCUAUUUACACAAGCAUGGAAUACUACAUCGUGAUUUAAAAGGUAAUUUAAAGGAAAUAAUUUGUUCAUUGUUAUUUUUAUUAUGA